AUGGAUGAAAGACAAUCACGCAAUGUGGGUCGAGCUAAUCGCCCUGCAUCUGAUGCAUUUAAGGAAGAAGAUAACAUAAUAGCAGAACUCGUUACACCAGAAAAUCCGGAUGAAAAUAAUAAUAGCACGAAAUACCUUUGCAUCGUAUUGGAUAUUGAAUAUGAUACUUCCAAGAUUCCUUUUCAAUAUCAACUAAGUUUGAGAUAUUUAUAUGCAGUUAAUAAUCGCUAUGACUAUGUUAUUUCAAGUCUUCCUGAUCGUGAUUAUACCCAAAAAUCCAAUCUUACUGCUCGCGAUGUUGAUCAAAAUUCAAACAAUAGCUCCACGACAAAAUCAAAUAGAACUAAGCAAAUUGAACUUGGACUCUUAAUUUCACGAUCAACGAGAAUCUUGACACCUGGUUAUUAUGAAGCUCAAGAAAAUAGAUACUCACAAAAUGGUACAAUAUACCGUGUGAUAACUGCCACAGCAAGUUACACAAGUUUGUUUUACGCCGUCUUGUACCCACCAAUCACUAUUGAAUUUCUUACUAAUCCAAAUGAAACCACAUAUAAAGAAACAAGUUAUCAAGACUUGAUUUAUUGCAAAUAUCAAUUCACGUGGACAUCUAUCUUAGACGGUUAUGUAAAUCGGAAAUGUAAGGACGAUUCAAAGUUUCUAGCGAUAUCUUAUGUUAAUGGAUCAAGCUUGUUUGGAUUCACGUUUUAUAGCUUGGAUGAAAUGAAUAUUUACGCACAUACUACAGCUCCAGAUAUAGCUGAUCAAGAUUUCUUCUUUAAAAGUACUAGUGAAAAAUCUGGUAGUAGAAAAUUAAAAGAAGAAAUAUCUGGACAACCUCAGCAUUUAG